AUGCUCAAAUCCUGGAAGUCGACUCUGAGGCUGCCUCGGUCGAGUUUUCCCGCUCGACCGAACCCCAAGCUCGCACCACAGUAUCUUCGACAAUGUACCGAUGAUCUCUAUGUAUGGCAAGGACAAAAUCGCCCUGAGGAGACGUCGUUUACCCUCCAUGAUGGCCCUCCGUACGCCAAUGGCAACCUUCAUGUUGGCCAUGCCAUGAACAAAGUUCUUAAAGACAUGAUUGUGCGUGUCAAGGUGCAGCAAGGGCGAAAAGUGGUAUAUCGACCAGGCUGGGACUGCCAUGGACUUCCGAUAGAGAUGAAGGCUCUAGGAUCAAGCACCACUAAAGGUUUGACUCCUGUGCAAAUUCGGGACACAGCGCGACGUCUGGCUUCCAAGACAGUCAAGGACCAGAUGAAGGGAUUCCAGGCACUAGCAGUUAUGUCGGAUUGGGAUAAGAGGUGGACUACAAUGGAUCGAGAGUUCGAAAUUAGGCAACUGCGUGUUUUUCAAAAUCUCGUUCGUCGAGGGUUGAUAUACCGCAAGCAUAAGCCCGUGUACUGGUCAGCUUCGUCCCGAACUGCGCUCGCCGAGGCAGAGCUGGAAUAUCGGGAAGACCAUGUCUCCAAGGCCGCAUAUAUCAGAUUCCCCAUUGUUUCUGAUUUGAAAUCAAUACCCGAGCUGGCCAAUUUCAAAGGUAAAUUGUACGCAGCUAUUUGGACGACAACCCCUUGGACUCUCCCUGCAAACCGUGCCAUUGCCAUCCACAAUGACAUUUCUUAUUCAGUCAUUCAGGUUGGAUCGGAUGGCUAUCUUGUUGCUUCAGAUCGUGUUGAGGCCAUGAGGGAAAUGCUACCAAAUUUCCAACUUGUUGUUGAAUCAAUUCUAGGUUCUAUCUUGAAGGGCCUUGAAUACCAGAACAGACUCCGAGGCAAGACUGCCCCGGCUCAGCCUGUCAUUGAUGCCGACUUCGUCACUGCUGAUUCUGGUACUGGUCUUGUCCAUAUUGCACCCGGACACGGUCAGGACGACUACGAGGCUUGUUCCAAGAUCGGAAUUGAGGCCUUUGCGCCCAUCGACGAUGGCGGCUUCUUCACUAAGGAGGCCUAUCCAGAUGACCCUGAGAAGCUCACAGCUGCACCUUCUAUCUUGGAUGGUGGAAGCCAGUCUGUACUAGACUUGGUAAACGAUGAUGUACUAGGAACGCACAAGCUACGCCACAAAUAUCCCUACGAUUGGCGCACGAAACGGCCCGUUGUAAUUCGUGCUACAGCCCAAUGGUUCGCUGAUGUUGGUAGCAUCAAGGAAGAUGCCCUCGCAGCGCUGAAGGAUGUUCGGUUUGUCCCAGAGGGCGGUCGUGUUCGCCUGGAGAGUUUCGUCAAAGGCCGCAGCGAGUGGUGUAUCUCCCGCCAAAGGUCAUGGGGAGUUCCCAUCCCAGCCCUUUUCGAUGAGGCCGGCAACGCUGUAAUGACAACGGAAACCAUUGAGCAUAUCAUUUCGGUUAUGCAGGAACGCACUUCUUCUGCCUGGUUCUCUGAUAACCCAGAUGACCCCGCCUGGAUUCCCUCCAACCUAAAGGGCAAAUACCGCCGGGGCACUGAUACAAUGGAUGUGUGGUUUGAUAGUGGCAGCUCCUGGACAGAGACAGAUGGCCCUGCCGACGUCUAUCUCGAAGGAUCUGACCAGCAUCGUGGUUGGUUCCAGUCCAGCUUGCUGACCUAUGUAGCCACCCAAAAAUCAAAGGAGGCCACUGGCAAAAUCUCGGCCCCUUUCAAGACUCUGGUCACUCAUGGGUUCACCCUUGACGGACAAGGCAAGAAGAUGUCAAAGUCACUUGGUAACAUGAUUGUCCCAAGCCAAGUCAUGGACGGUAGUCUGCUUGGACCAGUCAAGACAAAGGGUAAGGGCAGAUGCGGACAACAAUCUGACGGUCUUGGUCCAGAUGCAGUUCGCUUGUGGGCAGCGAGUGCUGACUUCACAACGGAUGUCCUCAUCGGACAAACCAUUCUUCAGCCAGUCCACACUUCGCUGAUCAAGUACCGAACCAUCAUUAAGAUGCUUCUUGGAUCGCUAAAUCAACAGGCCCGUCACAGCCCAUUGACAAAGGUGGAUCAGAUCGCACUUGUCCAACUCUCGGAUACCAUGUCCCAGGUCAUGGAGUCAUACAACGACUUUGAGUUCUACAGGGCAGUUAGUGUGAUCAAUCGCUGGGUCGCAGCCGAUCUGUCGGCAUUCUACCUGGAGGCCCUGAAGGACCGACUCUACUGUGGCGAUGGCGGUGGUGUUUUGGAACCUAUCUUCAUUGGGUUCUUACGCAUGCUGGCACCGAUCACGCCUAUGCUUGUUGAAGAGGCGUGGUCGCAUCGGCCAGCAUGGAUGGCUGAAGAUACAUCGCUGGAAAAUCCAGCCCGCCAGCUAUAUAGCUCUUCUCUUGUUGACCCUCUCCGUCUGACACUUCCUCAGGACGUGGUGCGCAAGGAUCAGAUCAUCAUCACAGAAGUUCACAGCGCUGUCAAGGCCACACUAGAACAGGCACGUACUGCCAAGGUGCUUGGUAGCUCACUCCAGAGCUCAGUCAUCCUAGAGAUCGAAGAAGGCAGGGCGACAGCUGUUCUUGGGCGUUACCUGGAUGAACUAGAGGACCUAUUUGUGGUCUCUUCAGUUCAAAUCAACCAGCCCCUUCCUGACAGCCCCGAUUGGGCUUAUCAACAGGAAUUCGAGAUUCACGACGCCAAGCUCAAGGUGCAUGUACUUCCCCCAAAGCAGGAGAAAUGUUCUCGAUGCUGGCGAUAUGUGGCGCCUGUGGAAGACGCGCUAUGUGGUAGAUGCGAGGAGGUUGUCGGUGCAUUACCAACCUCGGCUUGA